GGCGACGCACCGUCAGCCUGGGAAGUCGCCUAGCAGCAGAGGUGGCUUGAAGGGUGCGCUGCGGGCAGGCCGGAGGGGCAGCGAGGAGGUCGGAUGGCGGCGCGGCCCGUUUCUCGUUUUGUCCCAUGUGGCAUAUCCCUUUGGAGGCCUCUCCCAGCAUCCUCUGCUUCUGCCCGAUCUCUCCAUCCGACACCAGCAGCUGAGGGGGCUGACAGUUCUGUUCAGCUUCAGCAGAGGAGCACUGCCGUGGUUCAGAAGAAGCCCUCCCUCCCCAGCAGCCGAGGUGAAUAUGUCGUCACCAAGCUGGAUGACUUGAUUAACUGGGCCCGCCGGAGGUCCUUGUGGCCAAUGACUUUCGGCUUGGCCUGCUGCGCCGUUGAGAUGAUGCAUAUGGCAGCCCCCCGCUACGACAUGGACCGCUUUGGGGUGGUUUUCCGAGCUAGUCCACGGCAAGCUGAUGUCAUGAUUGUGGCAGGCACGUUGACCAACAAGAUGGCACCUGCACUCCGAAAAGUCUACGACCAGAUGCCAGAGCCACGUUACGUAGUCUCUAUGGGGAGCUGUGCGAAUGGUGGCGGCUAUUACCAUUACUCUUACUCUGUGGUGCGGGGUUGUGACCGAAUCGUGCCUGUCGACAUCUAUGUUCCAGGCUGCCCGCCAACGGCCGAAGCUCUCCUCUAUGGGAUCCUGCAGCUGCAGAAGAAGAUUAAGCAGGAGAAGAGGCUCCAGAUCUGGUAUCGCAAAUAGCUUUGUGCAUGUCUGAAGCCACUGGACUGUAAGCAGGCACCCUGGACGCACUUAAGCUGGUUUCACGUUUCCCUAAUAAACUUAUAUAUAUGCGUAUA